UUUAUUCAUCCGUUAGUUACCCUUCUUCCCAAGUAUCCUACCUGUUAUAUAUUCCGAACAUGUAAAGCCUGAAAGUCAUGUAAGUAUCAAGAGAAUGAAAAUGGAUUUCCUGCAAAUAGCAUCAUCAAUGAUAGGAGGCCUGUUCACCAUCCUUUUCCUCUGCAAACUCUCAUUACUAAUAUCAAACAAAAUAUCAAACAAGAAAAAAUCACAUCUUCAAGAACCUCCACAACCUUCCGGCGCACUACCCAUCAUCGGCCACCUCCACCUCCUCAAACGCCGCCGCUCUUUAGUCCUUUACCUCGCCGACCUCGCCGACGAGCUCGGCCCCAUCUUCACUCUCCGCGUUGGCUCUCGCCGCAUCGUCAUCCUCAGCAACAGUGAGACCGCCAAAGAUUCCUUCACCACCUGCGACAAGGCCCUUUCUAACCGACCCAUCAGCACCAUCGGCGACCUCAUGGGCUACAACCGCAGCAUGAUCCUCUUCGCCCCUUACGGCCCUUACUGGCGCGCAGUCCGCCGCAUCGCCACCACCGAACUCCUCUCCAACUCCCACCUCAAUGCUCUCAGCCGCGUCGUCAUCAAAGAAGUCUACAUUUGUAUCAAGGGUCUCUUCUCUCAAUACACAUCCAAUAACAUGCAACCCAUCAAGGUUGAGAUGAUGAGCUGGUUGGGAGAUAUCAAUUACAAUGUAGUUCUUGAUAUGAUUGUUAGCAAACUAUAUUUCCGCUCUGGAAAUGGCGGCGUCGUCUCUGAGGACUUUUUCAAGUUCCGUAAGGCGCUCAGAGAUUUUGUUCGGCUCGUCGGAGCUUUUAUCCCCGGUGACAUGUUCCCUUUUCUUAAAUGGUUUGAUUUUGGUGGAUAUAAGAAGGUAAUGAGAUCUGCUUUCAAAGACAUAGACUCUGUCUUGAGUGCUUUGCUCGAGGAUCACAAGCAAAGAAGGCUUUUUAGAAAAGAAAGUGAUGAUCUUGACUUCAUGGACGUCGUGUUAACAGCUAUGGAUGAUCCCGAGUUCUCCGAGUAUGAUCAAGAUACCGUCACCAAAGCUACUUGCCUGAGUAUGAUAAUGGGUGGGACACAUACAACAACGUUAUACUUGAUAUGGACGUUGGCGUUGCUGCUGAACAACAGGCCGGUGAUGGACAAGGUGAGAUCGGAGAUAGAUGAAAAGGUUGGGAAGGAAAGGCUUGUAGAACAGUCUGACAUCAAGAACCUUGUUUACUGGUCGGCGGUAGUUAAAGAGGCGUUCCGGCUUUGCCCUGCUGGAGAACUAAUGGUUUCUCGUGAAGCAUCUGAGGAUUGCCAGAUCUCUGGAUAUCAUAUCCCCAAAGGAUACUAUGUUGCAGUGAAUGUAUGGAAGGUGCAGAGAGAUCCAGUUGUAUGGCCUGAUCCAUUGGAGUUCAAGCCUGAGAGGUUCUUGACGACCCAUAAAGGCAUUGACGUGAGAGGACAGCACUAUGAAUUGUUGCCAUUGAGAGCAGGGAGGAGGGCAUGCCCUGGGGGCUCCUUCAGCAUUCAAGUGAUGGAUCUGGUUAUGACUCGCCUGAUCCAAGCCUUUGAUUUGGAGACUCCUGGGAAGGUGCCGGUUGAGAUAAACCAGUCUUUGGGUUUGCUGAAUGUCAAGUCCAUGGAAGUCAUGCUCACACCUCGGCUUUCUCCAACGCUUUAUGUAUUAUGAGGAACACAAAGGCCUGCAGUUUAAAAUUAACAAUGGAUAUAUCAUGUGAUUGUCCGUGUUAAUUAGAAGGACUAUAGUGCAAAUUGGGAGAUGAUAAUUUCAUGUAUGAUUUUAUGUGUUUAUGUGCCUUUGAUUAAUUAGUAUAUAUCUUGUGAGCUCCGGUUCUCUUUGUGAAUAUAUGUUGGCUCUAUGAGCUGGCACAAGAUGAA